AGUGAUACUGAACUUGAAGCGAGGCACCAAACUCCAAAUCACGAACGAAAAAUUCAUUCUGGAUUAACUUUGGUUACAUAACCAACUACCGCAGCUAUAGUUCCAACUCGGCGUGCAUUUGCACAUGCAGGAGCAUUGAGGAGAACUUUCAGAAGAUUAUUAUAGUGUGCGAGAUGUUAGUUAAAAGUGUGAGAAAGUAGAAGAAAAAUAUUACAAAAAAUGGAAGAACACGAAGAAAAAAUGUUUGGCCGAGCCACCCUCUAUAAAUUCGAUUCAGAUAAGAAUUGGGAAAAGCUAGGUGCCGGCGAAUUCAAAGUGUUGUAUAAUCCAGGCAAUCAUUCAUAUCGUUUGUUGUUGCGUUGUGACCGAAUUCACAAGUUGGUUUUGAACAUGAAAUUAACCAUUGAUUUACAAAUCAAUCCAAUGGAAUGGGACGAAAGGACUUUUGUUUUGGAAGGCCAGAAUUUUGCGGAGGAACAAAAAAAUGGUCAAUUCGAGAGUCUAAAGAUUCGGUUCAAAAAAACAGAUUCGGUGAAGAAAUUCAAUGAUACCAUCAAAACAUGCCUCAACGAAUUAAACGAUCGAUCAAAGCAAAUGAAAUUGGACACAUAUCCUGGAAAUACAUUGAGCAUGAAUACCGGUGAGACCAGAAAUGAUGCAACAUUUACAUCGGAACCAGAUCGAGAUAAUAGUCGGUCAGAUGGUGAAUGCAUCGUGGAACAAAUAGCAGAGGGAAUAACCGUAAAAAUCGAUGAUCCAGUCAAAUCAGACGCAAUUGAAGAUAGCGGUUCUGCAUCGCCAUCGACAAUGGUGACACAAUCAGACUAUAGUAUUUCCAAUCAGUCACACACAAAUGUCGAAUUGCAAAACGUUGUGAGAAUGAUACAGUGAAUGGUGAGAAUGACACAGAAGUUGACAACUCCGAUUCGAAUGGUUCAAUGCCAAUUGUAGUGAACGGCGGUGGAGGACACGAAAAGAAACUAUUUGGAGAACAAGUCAUUCUCUAUAGGUUCGAUUCAGACAAAAAAAUUCCUAAAGGUUUUGGCGAAUUCAAAGUGUUGUAUCAUCCAGUCAAUCAUUCAUAUCGUUUGUUGUUGCGUUGUGACCGAAUUCACAAGUUGGUUUUGAACAUGAAAUUAACCCUUGAUUUAAAAAUCAAUCCAAUGGAAUGGAGCAAAAGGGGAUUUGUUUUGGAAGGCCAGAAUAUUGCGGAAGAACAAAAAAAUGAUCAAUUCGAGAGUCUAAUGAUUCGGUUCGAAGAAACCGAUUCGGCAAAGAGAUUCAGUGACACCAUCAAAAGAUGCAUCAACGAAUUAAACGAUCAAUCAAAGCAAAUGAAAUUUGAUCCAAGUCCUGAGAAGACUACCGAAGAGGAUACACCAGGUACAUUAGAAUCAGAUCGAGAAGAAAGCAAUGUUGCUUCGUCAUCAAAACCUGAAAUCCAACCAAAGGCAAGUGUUUCCAAUAAGUUAGAUGACACAAAUCCGGACGGUCCCCAUCAAGAUCAUGACGCACUGGAAACGACGAUGCCGGACAUCAGUCUUGUACCGUCAUCAAAAAAA